ACCAAUCAGGAGGUAUUGAAGAAGUCCUUAGCUACACCAGAGCCCAGGAGAUCAGCUGGUUCAAUGAAGAGUCACUUAAAUCAAACCGGAGCUAUUUAUGGCAAGAUUGGACAAUCUUUCGGUUUGAUCAUUUCCAAGCCAUUCCAAUCCGACCAGAAGACAUCAGGACUAAACCAAGACGUCCAGGAGACAUUAAAGGAGUCCAAGAAGUGUUCCAUGAGUUCAUACCAUGCACCAGCCCUCAUUGGAUCAGGAGGAUCCACACUUACACCAAGCUGCCUUAUUUGGAGAAUCUUGCAAUAAAGCUCCAACAGCUCUUUCUUCAGAUCAGGCACGACAUCAGCUCAUUCCAGACCAUAAAGAAGAUUCCCAGGAAGCUCACUUAUCCCCUUAAACCAUCCAGGUUCAAGAAGAUAUCAAGAUAAAAGAUCAUCUCUUUGCAAAGGCCACAAAUCAGGCUAAAGGCUAGUUUCAUGGAGCCAUCAAAGCCUUUGCUUCCAAGAUUUUUAUUUCAAAUUUAUUUCUUUCCUUUAGUCAUUUUUAGUCUGUUAGAGAGUCCCAAGGUCGAGCCUAUAUAAGCUCAGUAGUUGUCUUGUAAUAAAACCACCCUUGAAUUUUAUGAAUGCAUUUGCAGUUUUUUCUAGUUUUUCUUAAAACUAUUAUCUAAGUCUUUUGAGUGUUGUGAGAAGCAGCUCUUGAGCAACCUGAAGUAUCAAAGCCUCCUUUCACAGAGCUUUGUGGCGUCCUUAAUCCCCCCAUCAUUUCCAUCUACUGAUUUUCCUUGAGAGAGACUUCAGUCUAGCAAGGAAAUCCCAUAUCUAUCCAUCUUCCAUCCAUUGAUCUUGUUGAGAGAGACUUCAGUCCAGCAACAAAGAUCUCAUCUCCAUCAAUCUAUCCCUUUUCUAUUUGUUUUUAUUCAUAUUAUCAUUCUGAUUCAUAUUCAUAUUUGCUCUUGUUUGCAUCAUAAACUUAUAAAACUCAUAAAAAGGUUCACUCUUUGUUUCAGGUACCAAUCCGAACUAUUGGACUAAACCUCAGUUCCAUAUUUCCGGAAGGCCUGACCCUGUGCCCACAACAUUUUGGUAUCAGAGCUCAAAGCUCCUGAAUCAGGUCCAUUCUAUCCUUGCAUCAUUCAUUUGCUUGCAUUUGUUUUCAUCUUAAAUCAAAAAAAAAAACAGUUUUUGCAUUGUUUUGUUCUUAAGAAAAGAAAAACAAAAGAGAAGAAGUUUCUUGCAUUUGAUUCAUGAAAAUUUUGAAAAGAAAUCUCACAUUGUGUUUGCAUUCAUUGCCCAGCUCCCCUUGCCAUAUUUAUAUUUUGUGCAUUCAUUUCAAAAAAUUUUUUUUUUUGCAUUUUGCAUUUUUGACUCUUCCAUAGAAAAUUCAAAACAAAAUUCAGCAUUAGUUUUCUUUCCAUAUUUUCUUUUCAUUUGUGUUAAUUGUCAUUCCAUAUUAGUUUCAUUUCGAGUUUGCAUUAAAAAAACCAAAAGAAAAAUCAUUUUUGCAUAGUUGAUUUCAUUUCGGUUCAUAUUUGCAUAUUUAUCGGUUUUGUUUAAAUUAGUUUGCAUUGCUGCAUUGUUAUUUUUCUAAACCAGAACUUCCCUAUUCUUCACUUGAUCUUUGAGAGUGUUUUCAGGAAGCCAUGGUAGGAGAAACACACGGACAAAGUCAGAUGGCCAAGAAGAGCCAACAUUUGACAGCUUUGCAAGAGGUUGAACAGAUUGCUCAGUUGAGGAAAAGAAGAAAGGCACAAGGCCAACGUCCACAGCCAGGAGAAAGAAGAUUUGGAUAUGCACCAGAGGCUGUCUAUGUCGAGCCCAAGCCACCAGAUCCUUCAAGGAUCAAUCAAACCCCAAUUUCUAAAAUCCACAACCAUCAUGUUGUUAAUUCUCGGUUUGAUUAUAACUCUUUUGCUGAUAAAAUUGAACUCUUAAAAUUUUCAGGAAAAAUAGGUUAUCUUAGAUGGGAGAGGAACCUUGAUGAAUGGUUUCACUACAACAACAUCUUGAAGGAAGAAAAGCUAGCUUAUGCCAUUGAUCAUCUAAAAGGAGAUGCCUUUAAAUGGUGGGUACAAGAAGAAGAUGAUAGGAGGUUUUACAAGGAGCCAACUAUCAAAACGUGGAGAGCUCUUAAGGAAGCCAUGAGACAUGAGUUUGCACCAGAGUUUACAAGUUCUGAAAUUAAGGAACUUUAUCCAAGGAGGUAUCCAACUCAUGGUUCCAAAGAAGCUAGAAAAGUUGUUGCACAAGAGAGUAAGAGAGGCUGGUCUCAACAAGCCAACUUGCAACCAAACCAGGGGCACGCCAUUGUCCAAUGCCUAGACCAGAAAAGUGACAUCCCAAAGGCCAUGGAGAGUAGAAGUGUCAGCCAAAACACUUUGAUCAGAACCAAAGCAAAACCAUUGCUAGAUACUAUGCAAGUAAAAGCUAAGGUAAGUCCUAUACUUAAUAAUUUGGUUUAUGAAUCUUCUCCCACUGGUAUGAGUCACUUGUCUUUGUCAAAGAAUGUUAAGACAGGUCCUGAGGUCCAGCAAAAUCCGAACUCCACAUCCUUGUUUGAAUCCAAAGUUCACAAAGAAUUAUUUCCAAGGAACAAGGAGAUUUUAGACCUCAAAGAGGAGGACACACCAAGCCAAGGCAAGUCUUCUGAUUUUAAAAUUCUGAAAGAUCAGACAUGUUUUAAAUGUCAUAAAAUAGGACACCUUGCUGAAGCUUGUCCCAUUAAACAUGUAUUGAAAGAAACAUCACUAGAAACUGAAACUGAAAAUUUUAAAAUAAGUGAUAGUUUUAUUCAAUCUGAUUUGUUGGUUCCAAAUUCUUGUAUAAUGCACUUGUCUUUGUCAAAGGGUAUUGUAUCAGGAAUUAAGGAGCAUGAACUUAAAAGAGAAGACCUAUUCUACCAGCAUGGUAUUGCUAAAGAGGAGGAAGCCAUAAGUGAGGCUGGAAGAAAUGAUUUGUUGCUUAAAGAAGCAAAACCUGUAAUCAAAGUAUCAAACCAAGGUAAGUGUUUAACAUCACCUUUAGAUACUGGUUUAAAUUUUUAUAUUCUUGGUACAGGGAUACCAGAUGAGAGCUCUAUGCUUACUGAAGUGCCAAGGGCCGAGCUAGACCCUGAGAUCAAUCAAAAUCCACACCACAAGUGGAAACCAAAAUCUGAACAAAGAAUUGUUCAAGUGCCAAAACCUGAGGUAAAUUUCACUAUAGAUCAGAGUGCUAUUAUUAUAUCCAUGAUAAGAUUAAUGCACUUGUCUUGUCCAAGAGAAUGUGAAAUAUUUUCAGGAACAAAGGAGGAGUACACUGCCCAAAAAGAAGAGACACAAUCCAUGAUGUUACAAGAUGCUGAAUCAAUGCCAAUAAAAGUCAGCCAAAUAAAGGGAAGUGUUUCUAAUUUAAAUUUGCCCUUAUUACUUGAUAAAGAAGACAUUAUGCACUUGUCUUUGCCAAGAAAUUUUGAUCCAGGAAUAAAAGAAGUUGAAGUUCAUAACCACCAAAGUCAAAAGUUGCAAAGAAGACAGCAACCAAAAACAAGAUAUCCAAAGAAGAAAAUCAUUCUUCAACUUAUGGAAGCUAUCAAAGUAAGUCUGGAAAUUUCAAAUUAUUUUUAUCAGUGUCCAAACACAGGUAUAAUGCACUUGCUUUUUGUCCAGAAAGAUGAGAAAUUUUCAGGUUGCAAAGAAGAAAGCUUUAAAGAAAUCCCACCGGAUAAUCUUUUAUUGCUUGGAGAAUCAGUCCCAAAGAUGGUCAGAACCAUCAACUCCAAAAGUGUGGAGAACCAUCAUCUCCAGAAGGGAAGAAAUGACAAUGUCCAGGCCAGAGGCGUGAUCAUUUCCCAUUUCUUUAAAGAAGAGCCACCAGAUGCACAAACCAUUACCAAACCAAAAUUGUAUCAAGGUAAAGUUCUAAACUCCCAAAAGAGAAUGAAACCUGACUUGCUCUAUUGUGGUGUAUCAGGUUAUCCAGUUUUGAGGUCAAAACCUUCACAAGGGGGAGGGGAUGAUGUGGUCAUCAAACCAGUAGCUGAACCGGAGGUCAACCAACCUGCACAAACCGGCCACUUUGGAGGUACCAGCGACAGAGGUACUAAUCCGAACUAUUGGACUAAACCUCAGUUCCAUAUUCCGGACUGCCUGAUCCUUGCCCACAACAGUAAUGGUCUGGGUGCUCUAUUAAUCGAUGAUGUAGGUGCCACGACAUGGCGCUUCCUCUUUCCACUCAUCGCCGGAGAUUUAUUAGUAGUGGCUUCUGUGAAAUCGCCGGUGUGAGAGGUUGAUGUAGGGAGAGAAGAGAGUUGGAGUUGAGGCUGUGAGAUAAACAAAUGGUUAUUAGAUUAGGGUUAAUUUGUUAAACGUAGGGAUUAACAAUGGUUUGGCGCUUGUAAUUUUUUGAGGCUGUGAGAUCCCAUCUCCAUCAAUGGUUUGGCGCUUGUAAUUUUUUGGCUUUUGGGUUUGGGCGCUUCUAAUUUUUUUUGCUUUUGGGUUUGGGCGGUUUAGCCAAAAAAUUGGGUUUAGGCGUGGGUUAGUUAAAAAUUUGGUUUUAGGCAGGUUUUAAUUUUUUUUUUCAACUAGGUAGGUUUUAAUUAGUAGCUAAUUACAAUUAAAAAAAAAAACUACACACCCAUAAGAUCAAUGUUUCAAUAAUAAAUC